UUUGUGCAAUUGACAGAUUCCUCUUAUACUAUCCGGUGCUUAGUACAUUUAUAUGAUGAGCAUCAUGUCAUGCGUUGCGUGCGCGGGCCGGGGAGGUCGCGCGGCCGGCGCCGGUGCCAAACCGCCGCGACGAAGGAAAAGUGGUAUGUCAUCGGGCGGACUGCCGGUUACUCUCCGCGCCUCUGAUCCAAUUUUAAAUAUCAGCCGAUAGUUGUGCGAGCGGGGCCGGCGCGCACGGUCACUCUCUCUCGCGAGCUGCCCCACGCAGCACUUCACGCGUCGCAGCACGCACCGCCUCCUGCGGCACCUCACGCGCAUCCUACUGUCUCCCAGUCGCAGAAUUGUGUACUUACACUAUAAGCCUUAUAACUAUUUAACAAUAACUAAGUAUGUGUCGUAGCUCCGAGUAAAACCAGCGAUGGAGAGGAAAAGGAGCCGGCGCGCCUCGCUCAGCGCGGAGCAGCGCCGGCGCCUCAGCCUGCUGCGGGCGGCCAGCGCGCCGCUCCCGCCCGACCCGGCGCCGGUGAGCCACCUUUACCAUUCGCUCCCCUGCCCGCGACUCUGCUGCCGCCAGAAAUAUGUGGUCAGCACGGACCGCAGCGGCGACAUUCACGUGCACGUACAGGGUGACUUGAGCCAACAGGACAAGAGAUGCGUCUUCCUCACAGUCCAUGAUUUAGGCACAAACCACUCAUCGUUGGUAGACUUCGUGAACUGUCCCGCGAUGGCCGAGAUCAAGGAGCGCUCGUGCUUCAUCCACGUGGACGUGCCGGGCCACGAGGAGAACUCGCCCGACCUGCCCGAAUCGUACCCGUUCCCGUCGCUUCAGACGCUCGGUGAGGACCUGGUGACGGUGCUAGACUUCCUGCGGGUACGGUACGCGGUUGGGCUGGGCGAGGGUGCAGGCGCCAACGUGCUGGCGCGCUGCGGGCUGGCGCACCCGGCGCGCCUGUUGGGGCUGGUGCUCGUCAACUGCACCGCCUCCACCUCCUCUGUGGCCGACGCGUUCCGCAGCCGCUUCUCGCGAUGGCGUGGCGCUGAUAUCUCACAUUCGGAGGAGGACUUCCUCAUCUACCAUAAGUUUGGACACGUGAGUUCUCUGCAAGAGCCCCUUCACUAUGGCUACCAGCAAAUCCCCGGUGAAGGGGAGCGCGAGCGCACAUUGUCCGAGUACCGGUCGCGGCUUCGCGGCAAUCUCAACCCGCACAAUCUCAAGCAGUAUGUUCGCGCCUUCAUCAACCGCAAGGACCUGGUGCUACGUGGCUGCCGGCCCGACUUGCUUCUGGUAACAGGCACGCGCAGCCCCUACGCCUCCGUCGUCGAGAAGAUGUACCGCGACCUCGACAAGGAGAAGGUCACCAUUCUCAAGGUGGACAAUGCGGGCGACGUGCUCACCGAGGCCCCGGCUAAGGUGGCGGUGUCGCUGUUGCUGUUCUGCCAGGGCCAGGGCCUGCUGACCUCGCUGCCCCCGCCCGGCGUAGAGCGGCGCAUGUCGCGCAACAUCUCCAUGGAGGAGUACGACACGCCCAACAUCCGCCGGCUGUCGUUGACGCCCGCGCCCGCCACGGCCGCGAAUACAACGCCGUAACCCACUGGGGGCCAGCCGGACCUCUGUCUCCGAUUCGGUUUCGCCUUUGUCGUAAACCAUCUUGUCAUAUCUUGCCUUAAGUGUCAUUAUCUAUGCCUUGGUAUUUUUUCCGUAUAAACUGACAACCAACCAUGUUCAUGGCGGCACUCUCAUCGGCCCCGAGGUUUGCGGAACUCCACAGCCCGAAAAUAAUAUUGUUACGCUUUGAUAAGGGAUACCUUUAAGCUAAUUUAAGAGACAGUUUCACUUUGUACUAAGAGAAAGAAUGAAUGCUUUUGUCCGGCGCCGCUCCGAGCCAGAUAAUUACUAUCUUGUACUCAUAAACAUAUUUUAUACUUAAAUUUAAAUUUAACUUAUUUAAAGUUAUGUCUGCGGCAAUAGUGGUAACCACAAUAAUUGUGACAUACCAUAAGUGUUUGUCUGGAAAGUCUAAGUACAACUGUAUAUAGUACAUUAUAUUUUAUACAUCUCUUUUUGUAAAUCAUGUAAAAGUAAAGAUUUAUUUGACUCGCUCUAUUUAUUUGGUUCUACAAUGUGUUUUGUUAGGAAUUUGUGUCCAUCUGUGAACAGUAACAUAUACCGAUGUAUUUCUUAUACUCACUAGAUUCUUAUAUUUCUAUAUUACAGCAAUAAUAUUAUUUACUUGUGUUACCAUUCAUUUUUCAU